GGGCUGAACCCUGCGAUGCCUGGAGCUCCCAAGGCCGACGCGGGAGGUCGGACGGUUCAGCGGCGGCCCCCGGCUCCUGCCCCGGGACAGACCGCGGCUUCCCGCACCGAACACCCCCGGCUCCACCGGGGCGAACCCACCCGGAACCUCCGCGUGGGCCUGAGUCCACGGGCCGAAGUAGUUCUAGUGCUGGGGGGGCCGAGGGGCGGGGAUGGGGAGCGCCCCGCAUCCCCGCCAGCACCCGGAGAAACGGCGGCGGAGCCCCCCCCGCUCAUCCCCGGGGGCUGCGGGGCGGCGCCGGUGCCGGGCGGAGCGCGGGGCGGGGCGGCGCGGGGGGCGGCGGCCCUGCCGGGGGGCUGCGGGGGGGCCGCGCUCCGCUCCGCUCCCUCCGCUCCUCCGGUGGCGGCGGCGGCGGGGCCGCGGCAUGAGCCCGGCGGUGCGGGAGGCGAGCGGCGCGGCGCGGCCCCGCGCGGGGGGCGGGCGGCGGCGGCGGCUCCUCUCCCGCCGAGGACGGGGCGCGGCGGCUCGCCCCACCGCGCAGCCAUGAGUGCAGGUUCGAUUGAUCAAGAGCCGUCGCGCAAGCUGGCCUGCUGCGGGGUGCCCCUCAUCACUGAGGACAUGCAGUCCCUGGCCAUCCGGACCCUCUCGGGCACCGACAUCAGCAAGCAUUACGACCUCAUCCGUGAGCUUGGCAAGGGCACCUACGGCAAGGUGGACCUGGUGUCCCACAAAAGCACAGGCACCAAGAUGGCCCUGAAGUUCGUCAACAAGAACAAGACAAAGCUGAAGAACUUCCUGCGGGAGUUCAGCAUCACCAACACGCUCUCCUCCAGCCCCUUCAUCAUCAAGGUCUUCGACGUUGUCUUCGAGACCGAGGACUGCUAUGUCUUUGCUCAGGAGUAUGCCCCCGGCGGGGACCUCUUCGACAUCAUCCCGCCGCAGGUGGGGCUCCCCGAGGAGCUGGUGAAGCGCUGCGUGCAGCAGCUGGGCCUGGCCCUCGACUAUAUGCACAGCAAGAGCCUGGUGCACCGGGACAUCAAACCGGAGAACGUCCUGCUCUUCGACCGCGACUGCCGCCGCGUCAAACUGGCCGACUUCGGCAUGACCCGCAAGGUGGGCUGCCGGGUCAAGCGCAUCAGCGGCACCAUCCCCUACACGGCGCCCGAGGUUUGCCAAGCCGGGCGAGCGGAGGGCUUUGCCGUGGACACCAGCAUCGACGUCUGGGCUUUUGGGGUGCUCAUCUUCUGCGUCCUCACUGGGAACUUCCCCUGGGAGGCGGCGUCGGCUUCUGAUGCCUUCUUCGAGGAGUUUGUGCGGUGGCAGAAGGGACGGCUGGCGGGGCUGCCAUCGCAGUGGCGGCGCUUCACGGACAGUGCCCUGCGCAUGUUCCAGCGCCUGCUGGCCCUCGACCCCGAGAAGCGCUGUCCCGUCAAGGAGGUCUUCUACUUCAUCAAGUGCGACCUGAUGGCCGAGGUGCGGCGCCGACCCUCCUACCGCUCCCGCAAGCAUGCUGGGGACAAGCUCCCGGCCGGUCCCCACCGCCACGAGGCCACCGGCUCCUGCACCCCCGCCCCGCUCAAGAGGACCGUCCUGACCGAAGGGAGCGGAUCCCGCGGCUCCGAGCCGAGCGCGGCCCCCCCGGGGACGGCCAGCAGGACAGACGGACGGCAGGACAAAGGCAAAGGGCAGAUGGUCCUGGCCACAGCAAUAGAGAUCUGUGUUUGACGGCGCCGCGGUGGCACAUGGCAGCUGCCUGUCCUGUCCCCUUGGCCCAGGGACGGGGACGGGGGUGUUGCUUGUGGAGGUGGCGUGAGCUGGGACCAGGCUCCUGGUCUCCCAAAGCAAAAAAAAAAAAGAAGAAAAGAAAGAAGAACAAAGAGGAAAAGGACAAAACUGGUUGAGCCCCGUAGUGCUGAGGAUGCUGAUCCGCCCCACCCCGCCCGGGUG